AUGGAUUUGCAUGCCCUUGCACGAGCUUUCGAGAAGCAAACCGCUCGACACCCAUCCUCCAGUGGCAGCACCACUCCCGACCGCAUCACUCCGUUUCCUAUUCGUCUGAUACAUGAAAAGGCUUCUCGAAGAGCCCAUUCCGUCUUGCCGGUUACCAAACCUCAAAACGAUGAUUUCUAUCGUUUCUGGGACCGAUUCCUUGCAACAUCUUCACGUGCGAAUACAUCUGCGCCGGGCCGUCGCAUCGAGCAGACCUUGAAAGAUACCAGUGACGAGAACAAUGGCCUGCAUACACAAGAAAGCUCAGUGGCGUCUUACGAAAAGGCCAAGAAAGAGUGUCAGGAAAAGGUUGAGGCUAUCGUCAGCGAGUGUACUCGUCUGAACCAGAAAUACCGUGACAGACAUUUCGAAGUCGAACUCGCCCAGCAUGAUUGCAUCGUGCCUUUAGUCGAUGUAGAAGGUAACUCACAUGCCAUACAGCCGUCUGGCGUCAAACGAGUAAAGGACAUAUUCGAGAACCCCACGUUCAACGCAGAGGGUGCCUGCGGUGACGAUGUCAUGCAAGGCUCCCUCGGAAACUGCCGGUUCAUUGCAGCCCUUGUGUCUGUCGCCGCAAAACCAGGACUCAUGCAACGACUCUGCGUAGCCCGUGACGAGGCUGUCGGCGUAUAUGGUUUCGUCUUCUUCCGUGAUGGAACCUGGAUACCAGAGAUCGUCGAUGAUCGCCUCUUCAUACAUGUCUCUGACGGCGAUGAUUUAUUCGUCGGCAAGUACGUUGACGAGAGACAAAUGAGGAGUACCUUCAACAACGGCAACGACAUCACCAAGCUGAGAGAAACUCUGCAGAAAGGUGGCGAGGCUUUGUAUUUUGCGCGAUGUCGUGACAGCCAGGAUACGUGGUUGCCGUUGAUAGGGAAGGCGUAUGCGAAAGCUCAUGGCGAUUAUGGCUCACUGUACGGUGGCUGGGUCGGCGAGGGCACGGAAGACUUGACUGGUGGUGUAUCAACAUGUCUUGCAACAUCAGACAUCCUGGACAAAUCAUUGCUGUGGAAGCAGUUGAUGCAAGUCAAUGACACGUACCUCAUUGCUGGUGGUGCGUUCUUCUAUCGGGAGAACGGUGGCUUCGGCAGACAUGCAUAUGCAGUACUGCAGGCCGUUGAACAUAAAGAAUUGCGACUGCUCAAAAUCAGAAAUCCGUGGGGUAGCAACAAGAACCCAGACAACCUCGACGGACCCUUCAACCACAAGUUUGAGGAGUGGAAUGCUGAGCUUGUCGAGCAGCUCAAAUUCAAUUUUAAAGAUCCCGGCGCGAGUUGGCCACACGCGAUACGGUUUGACGGAUGUGCUGACAUAGAUCCANNGGUCUUCUGGGUCACCCUCGACAACUUUCUUCGAUAUUUCGACUCUGUCCAACGCACCCGUCUUUUCGACGAGACAUGGACGUUGACCCAACAAUGGACUUCUGUCGAGGUACCUGCAGGAGCAUCUACCUACCUGGACACCAGCUUCCAGAUAAUUCUAUCUCAACCAGGCCCUGUCGUCAUUGUUCUCGCUCAACCAGAUGACAGACACUUCCAGGGUCUUCAGGGACGAUACACAUACUGCCUACAUUUCCGUGUAUACAAUGCCAACGACGAGACCAAGUUUCUGGCACGCAGCAUGCACGUUUCUAGUGGAUAUUACAUCAAUACCCGCUCAGUCAGCGUGGAUCUCGAGCUCGAAGCUGGCAGCUACAACAUUCUCAUCAAGAUUGAGCCGACACGAAACUCCCGUCGUACUGCAGAGUCUGUCAUCGAAUCUGAAGCACUCUAUCGGAAACAAAAGCUGCUUCAAACAGGUCGUAACUUCGAACUCGCACACGCCAAAGGCAAGCUUCGAGANAAAGGAGGUAGAAGUACGAAAACAGAAAAAGCACAAGCGAAAAGGAAAACUCGUGAUCAACAAGCCAAGAUGAGGGAGCGAAGGCACGAAGCAAAAGCUCGAGACAGGAAACGCAAAGAUAGAAUCAUGCAAGAAAAGAAAGACCGAGAGACAAGCUUUCUUCUGAGGCGAGCUGGUUAUGUUGCCAUCGCUCCUCCUCUUCCACCCGACAAUCUCGACCCACCUAUCGUGAUUAUACCUGAACCCGGCAAAGUCACUGGAUGCUUCGACAGGUUUGAUAAAGACCCUAAUGCCGAGCUGGACGACGAUGAUUUCUUGUGGGACAGCGAUAUGGAUGGGGACGUCUAUUCGUCAUCUAGUGAGGACGAGCCAGAUUGGUAUGCUGAGGAUCCAUGGAAUGCGCUUCUUGUGCUUGGGCUGAGAGUCUAUUCGCAAGCAGGUGGUGUUACCAUCAAAAUCAGAGAUGGUGAGGAGACAGACGACGAAGAAGUCACGCCAUCGGCGAGUGCAGCUGAGUCCGACAGCCCGUCGGGAUCCAAGGCAGGCAAAUCAGAGCAAAAGCUUGAGAAGUACAAGGCNCAAAGUCAGCCGACUGACUCAAAGACUGCUAUUGGUGAAGGCAUCGCAAAACAGCCCCCGACUUCAAGUGGAACAACACUCACGCACAGUGAGGAAGGCAAGAGCUCGAGCAACACUGCAGACGUGACGACACCCUCUCCCAGCAGCGACUCAACAAUCUCAGACACGAAUGUCACAAACACUACAACACCGGAGCAAAAGAACUGA